AUGACCGUCACUGUUUUGGCUUCUUCUACCACUAAGACGAAACGUCGCGAACCGUUACUGGCUAUCGAUAUGGCGACGUCCCAGGCGCAGGCGCGUCCCGCCGCGCCUGGAAGAAGCGGGGGAAGGAGGACGAGCGCGCGGUUGAGUUUGAAUAAGCAAGAUCGAAAUGAAGAGAAGUUGAGCGCGGCGGAGAGGAAACGGAAAGCUGCACCCUUUGAGGAGGAUAUUGAGGGGUUCCAGUUCUCGCGCAUCACGACUAAAAAAGCCAAACCGUCAGAGGCGAAAAAGGCACCGUCACCUGUACCGGAAGAACCACCCCAACCAUCACCCAGACGAGGGCGACCUCCGAAAAAGCGAGCAGAGAAGAAAUCGGAGCCUGUUGCGGAACCGAAGAAGAAACAGACUGAGGGGACUGGGAAGAGAAAGACGAGAGGAGCUGCAAAGGCUGCGGCAGCUCAGGUUGAGCAAGAACCUCAGUUAGAGCCUCAACCGGAACCGCAACCACAGCCAGAACCAACGAAACGUCCUACACGCUCUACACGGAAACACGACCAAGCUGAGGUGGUACCCCUGGAGAAGAAGCGGAGGAAAGGCAGGCCGAGUAGUUCGAAGAGCGACGCACAGCAACAGCAACAGCAGCAUCCGCCGCCGCUGCAAACGCAACCAGUGAAUGGCUUUGUGUCUCCGGAGCAACAGCAGCCCGGGACGGCUACUACGAUUGCUUUGCCUCUAGCGGAUACGCCGGUCAUCCAGCGCAAUAGGGAGAUGCGGGGGAAGAAAUCCGUGAAAGGAGGAAACAGGCGGAGCAGUCUCGGGAUGAGAGGACGGAGAGCCAGCUCCCUGAUUGACUCGGGAGCGUCUAAUGCAUUGCCACAUAAAAAGGUCGAUACGACAGAUUUCUACAAGCACAUUGCGGCCGACCUGCCGGAGCCACGGAGGAUGCGGCAACUUCUGAUCUGGUGCGGCACGCGAGCAAUCGGCGAUAAGCCGUCUGGAUCGCGCUCAGAGGACGAGAGCGCUCGUCUAGCGGCGCGGGUUAUCCAGGAGGAACUGCUGAAGGAGUUCUCCACUAAUUCCGAGCUCUCCAACUGGUUUGGAAGAGAGGAUGUCAACCCUCAUGCUCUGGUAGUCAAGAAGGAGAACCCGAAGAACAUCCUUAAUACAGAGAAGAUCCAGGAACUAGAAGAGCAAAUACAGAGGUUACAAAAAGAGCGACAUGCUCUCAAUGCACUCCUCCGACCAACAGAAAUCCCUCGAAUCAAGCCCACACCACCUUCACAAUCAGAACCCGACACCAACCAACCUGCACAGUUAUCACCCGAGCCCGAGCCAAUCGAUUUGUCUCUAUUAGAACCCUCGCAACGGAGACUCUUCGCCCAGAUAGACCCCGAAGCUGCCAAACAACCCGCAGACGCCCAGCCCAUGGAAACCGAGCCUUCGGCCUCGGCCUCCGAAGCAAACAUCCUCCCCCAAAUGUCUCCAUCCACCAUAUCCACCCGACUCUCCCGCAUCACCAGCUCUCUCGCCCCGACCCUCGACUCCCUCGCCGCAGGCAUACACGACAUCGACCUGUAUCGCACAAUGUCCGACACAGUUUCGACCCGCGUGCUCCGCAUCUGCGCUGAGCGCCUCGACGAGCGCGACAGCCGCAGCAGGGUCCGCCGACAGGCAACCGAAGCCAAUGACGGCGGGAACUCCCAACAAGACCUAAGUCUCCGACCCCGACCCCGAGAAGACCUCGGCCUGAUUCUGGGGGCGUUGAGCCGGAUCGAACGGCGCUCAUAG